AUCGGUGAAUCUUUCAAGAUCUUUCAGUGAUAAAGAUUACUUCGUUUUCUAUUCUGGGUUUAUGUUGAUUCCUGAAGAGUUGGUGUGAGGUCUCAAAAGAAAUGGAGUCUAAGGAAAUUAGAUCCUCCGUGAUUGAGAGAUCGAUGCGUUUUAAUGGACUAUUUCAGCCUCUGCAUCAAGAUAAGCUGAGAGUUGUUAAGAAACAGAACCAACAAAUCCAAAAGGAGUCCAUUUCUGGUUUCACAGUGAUUCCAACGAAGGAACUUUGUCGAGUUUAUCUCCGGAAACCCAAUUUGUUGGCUUCCAAGGGUAUAAUUGAUGCACUAGCUAAGCCUCCUCAUAGGAAUUAUGGUAGGAGAUAUGAUCAGCAAAACUUGAAGUCAAAGUUGAGACAUCAUCACACAACAAGUGUUGAUACUCUGAAACACAAAUUUGGGAAGAAAGAGAAUUCUCUGAGAUAUUUCACUCCUCUUGGUUUCAGUAGUGGUUCUCAUUUAGGAGAUAGAAAGACAGGGAAAGACCUUUCCUUUGAGGAGAAAUCCAAGGAAAUGAAGAAACUUUGUGAUGGUACUACUACAUUCGGUCAGAAGAAGGAUAGAGUUGUGAGAGAAGUUAAAUCCAGUUUGAUGGUUAGUACAUCUAGGGACAAAGUUGCUGCAGAUGUGAAGUUCAGGGAUUUGUCUUCUUCAGGUUUCAUUAGCAAGGAUAAAAAUGAUGAGUCAUUAGAUUGCUCCAAUGCAUCUCUGGAAUGUCAGACGAACUCGGAAGAAGCUCAUCAACCUAGUCCUGUUUCUGUUCUGGAGCCAAUGUUUUACGAAGAUAUCUUAGACGACAGUGAAGAUCUUCCUUAUCCCGAUUUUCAAAGUCUAGAGAAACAGCUGGAAACCCUGAAAUCUGAAUCUGAGAGUUAUUCAGAUGGGAGUGGGAUGGAAGUAUCAAGCGAUGAGGAGUCUGCACUUGAUUCUGAAACCAAAGAGAGCAAGGACAGUGCACCAAUUGGGGUCUUGGAUACCCAAGAUAGCAGGGAUUCUUCUUACAUUGAUGAUAUAUUGGUUGAAGUUGUACUUGGGGACAAGAAUUGGGUUCCUGGCAAACGUGAUUCACUGGAUUUAGUCACCAUCCCCAAGAUCUUUGAAAAACUGGAGAAGAAGUAUUACGCAGAGACCUCUUGGAAAAGAUCUGAAAGAAAGAUUUUGUUUGACAGAGUCAAUUCAGGUCUUGUAGAGAUUCUAGAAUCCUUCUCAGCUACACCAACAUGGAAGAAACCCGUUUCUAGAAGGCUUGGCACCGCGCUAAGCACAUGUGGACUGAAACAAGAACUCUGGAAAGUACUUUCUAGGCAAGAGAAGCGAGCCAAGAAAGAAUCAUUGGCCAAAGUGCCAGUCAUAGACAUUGAUAAGUGGUUAGAACUCGAAGCUGAUGAUGAGUCAGUGGUUUGUGAAUUAGAAAGCAUGAUAGUAGAUGAGCUGUUGGCUGAGGUUGUCAGCUUCAGGUAGGGUAUAGAGGGAUUCUUUCAAUUCUUUUCCGUUUCACAUCGCAAUCUCUGCAUUUUGUUUGAGAAUAGAAACAGAGUAGUAGUUGCAUUUGGCUUGCAUCAUCAAAGGGAGAUGUAUAGCAUUUGAGAAAGUUGUAUACAAAUAGUUUCUUUGUCAGGUCUAGGAUUGGCCUCUAAGCAAGUGAGUCAUGUUGCUUCAAAAGCUUAUUGUGACUUUUACCCAUUUGUCAAAGUGUUUCAACAAGGUUUUUUUGUGUGAAUGAAACAAGAUUUUGAUU